AUGCAGAAAGAAUCAGUAUUAGAAAUAUUAGAGAAAACAAAUAUGCAGAAAGAACUAGUAUUAGAAAUAUUAGAGAAAACAAAAUAUACAGAAAGAACCAGUAUUAGAAAUACUGGAGAAAACAAAUAUGCAGAAAGAACCAGUAUUAGAAAUAUCAGAGAAAACAAAUAUGCAGAAAGAACCAGUAUUAGAAAUAUUGGAGAAAACAAAAAUAUACAGAAAGAAUCAGUAUUAGAAAUAUUAGAGAAAACAAAUAUGCAGAAAGAACUAAUGAAAGAACCAGUAUUAGUGAGCAUAACCAGGCUUCCAGCUGGAAAGGCAGUGCAUUCAUUCAUAGUAGACUGGAUAUUGGCUUUUUCCUACAUAGAACUUCAAUGUAUGGCAAAGUCUGAGGUACUAAAGGCUAUCCCAUUCGAACCACCAAACCAGACAGAUGUAGAGGACAGCAUCAAAAAGAUCAAAGACAAUGACUCCAGCCUGAAACAUCUUAACCUUAAUAACAUAAAGGUAGGAAAAAUAAAGUUUGAUAAAUUUUAUGAUGAUAGAACUGAUGUGUUUUAA